AUGUAUGUGUUGUUGAUAUCUAAGUUAUCAUUCUAUAGUUCAAGUGAAAUUAACCAUUUCUUUUGUCAUAUGAAGACAAUACUCGACAUCUCCUGUAGUGACAGCAGUGGCAUUGCGGUUCUAAUAAAUGUUGAUGGUAUUGUUUUGGGGUUUUUUCCCUUAAUACUUAUUCUUACAUCUUACAUAUACAUUCUAUCUACAGUUAUGAAGAUCAACACAUCUUCAGGAAGACUAAAGGCUUUCUCCAAAUGUUCUUCUCAUCUCAUUGUUGUUUUAUUAUUUUGUCUCACAUCGCUCACUCUUAACAUAAAACCAGAAUCUAGGUUUUCGCAGGAACAGGACAAACUUCUCUCUAUGCUGUACAUUGGUGUUGUUCCAAUGUUAAAUCCCCUGGUAUACAGUCUGAGAAACAAAGAAGUCUUAAAAGUCAUUAAAAAAUAUUUCAAGACAUUAACCAAUGUAUUUGUAUUUUAA